GAAAUUCCCAUUCAAAAUUAGCUUGAGCUGUUCUUUCCGUAGCAUUUUAAAUGUCACAAGAAUUAAUAGACCUGCACAUCAAGUUGUUGCGGAAAACGCGUAAAACUGUAUCACCAGAAAAGUGGGAACGGGCACUAGUCAAGUUUUGCCACACGUACUCUAAUCAAGAUGGAUGGGAACUUGAACGCUUUGGUUACAAGAAAGCUCGUAUCGCUGUUAAACUGCGUUUACUUAAAGUACUAUUGGAAACACAAUUUGACUUAAAUCAAAAGUUUAAGAAUGAAGUAAACAAAUUAGCAGCUGAUGAGUUGCGUGUGGAACCAUUGGGAAGGGACAAGAGUGGAUUAGCAUACUGGUGUCAGCUGGAUGAAGAGUGCAACAUAAGAGUUUAUAGGGAAGAUUUAGAUGAAGAAAAUUGGGAAUUAGUAGCUCAGGAUCGAGAAGGUGUUGUCAAUCUUAUAAAUACCUUAUCAAAUGGAGAAAUCGGAGCUAUACCAAUUAAUGAGGAUAGCAAUAGCUUAGAAAUAUCUGAGAAACCUAUAAUUGAUACUGGACAAGUAACAACGUCUCCAAGUUUGGAAGACGAAGUUGUACAAGAAAACGGGGUACACAUAGACGAAAUGAAUAAUAAACAGCUACCAAAUGGUAGAAGCGAUGAAUUUGAGGAUGAACAAGAGCAAGAUCAGGAUCAAAAUCGAGAUAAGCAUGAUAUCAGUAAUGAAGCUGAAAAAGAAGAAAUUGAAGAGGAGGAGGAGGAAGAAGAAGAAGAAGAAGAAGAAGAUGAUAUUGAUGCCGAAGACGAUGAUGCGACAAACGAUGAAAGUUCCAAACAGAUUACGGAGGAGGACGAUUCUCAAGAAAUGAUGCGAACUCCGACGAUAGAAACAAGGUGUACAAAUGAUUUAUCUUUAUCAGCGACUAAUUUAAAGACGCUAAAUACGAAGGCAGACGCAAUAUCGGAAAAUGCGAGCCAUAAAGAGAUUAUUGACGAGACAUCCGCUUCCUUGAUAUCAGAAAGCAAAUCCUCUAUAACGCAUGCACAGACUGAUAUCAUGAAAGCCGAAAUUGAAGAAUCAGCACCAUUAAAAUCUAUAGAAACGCCUGUUAUUACCUCAUCUCCGCUAAAACUGGUGAAUAUUACGGAAUUGAAGCAACCCCCAGAAGAAAAAUUCAUAAAUCCAAUGAUACCUGUUAUCGCGCCGUUAAACGCAGCGAAGAAACACGGCGCUCUUGAUGAGAUGACAGAUUCCGUCAUGAAAUCGCUCGAGAAACUGCCUUGCAAAAACAAUUUACCUUUCUCGUCUACGGAUUCCAUUUCUAUGGGACACAGCAAGCUAUCCCUCAAGCCGAUCGAGCAACUGGCUGCGAAUCUUGUGAGGAUACAGUCGGAGAAAUUAGAGAAACCAAGUGGGCCGAAAUCAUUGGAAAAGAUAGCGGAAUCUCUAGCAAGGUCCAGUGGUAUGCUGGGAAAUAUGGUAAAUGGAGAGGAUGAUAGGUUACCGCAAGACUUUUGCGCGAGAAAUCAAUCUGAAAAGUCAGCAAUCCACAGGGGUCACAGAGGGAUAGACUUGUCGACGUCACCACGUGGUUGGGAAAAUGCAAACGAGCAAAACAGACCGGUGGAUUUCUCUGGAAUCGAUCUUUCUAGUCGAAAGUUGGGAAAAACGAUGGAUCUACCCUCGCCGGUCUAUAGGACGCAGGAUUUCCAGCAUCGAGAAAUGGAUCUGAGCACGAAGAAAGUGAGCAAACCGGAUGUGCCAAAUCUGCCGUAUGAUGCGCGGAGCGUGAUGAUGCGCAAUCACGUGAUGGUGGCCGAUUUGAGCAAGCGACAAAUGCCGUUUACCGCGUACGAGAUGUCGUCGACGCCGUAUCACAAUACAGCUAGAUUACCCGCCAAGGACGAACACAGAUUGCCGAGCUACGCGAUACUUUCUGAUCCUAGCAAGCUCACGACGCUAAGGAUGAAUGCCGCACCAUUGAAACGCUCUUUAGAGGAUGACGAUAUUCAGCAAGAUAUGCUGAAGAGGUUAAGGGCGGAUGUAAUUCCAAUCAGAGGUUCUAUGGACAAGAGACCAAUGAUGAGCGCCAACUGGAGGGAUGAGGUGAGCGAGGCUAUCGAGGAACCUAUGAUGAUGGUUCAAGGCGAAGGAUCUGGCAGCGAUUGUGAUGCGGUAAAUCCCAUCGUCGGAGAGGCUAUAGAGGAACCGAGUUUUUUCUACGGCGAGGGUUCCGGGGCGGAAUGCGAGACAGGUAACCCCGGUGACGAUGCGCCCACUGACAAUAAAGAAAGCAACGAAUCAAAAAAUGAACCUGACUCAGCUACUGCGACAUUAUCGCAGAAUAAGGUUUUAACCGAGGACGAGGUGUCCACGGGCUCGAUAGUGUCGAACAAAACCCCUGUAAAAUUAAAUAGAAACUAUUCACAGUCUAAUGUAAGCGUAAAUGAUAAUUAUCAAAUAGUAGAUUCUAUGCAAGAAAAGCCAAAGUUCAAGCACACGUUAGGCGUUCAGAUAAUACCUAAAAGUACAACCGGUUCCGUCAAAAGGUUGUCCAGGUGGGACGUGGGAAAACCAGAAGAGAAAGGAGAGUGUGACAGUAGUAUCAUAUCAAAUGAAGGAGACAUAUCACUCAAGGAAAGUAUAAACGAACGAGACAAGGAAGAACAGAAAUUGUCGAGCUCGGAUGUUGAAUUGCCCAAAACUGGAUACGAGAAUUCUACCGAUGUGGAUCAAAGCGUCAAGGUAGACGACUUUGUAAAAGCGGAAAGUGAAACCGUCGAAGACAGUGUUAAAUUGCAAGUGUCCGAUGUAAGUUCAGAAAAUACAAGUACGAUGAAACAGGAAAGAGACUCUAAGCUUCAAGAGCCCGUGCAGUGCGAUUCGUCGAUAUCAUCUUGUCAAGCGGACACUUCGCAAGAACCUGAAUCAUGCGCGGAUCCUGAAUCUACUGUAAAUUCGGCCAGUGUACAAAAUGUUUCCGAUUCGCAUGAACCAGAUGCAGAACCCGAAAUAGCGAAUAACGAAUGCAAAUCAACGGUCGGAUCUCCACCGAGAUUUUUUUUUGGUCCCAAUUGCAUCUCGUAUACCUCGAAAACUGAUGAAUUGGAAUCCCAAAGGGAGCAAAGUCUGAACAUUUCUGUUAACGACAGAACGGACACUGUGCAAUAUGAAUGUGUGUCUUCAUCGAAAUCAGCGGAUGAUAUAAUUCAUCCGUACAAGACAGAAGAUUUCGAUCUGACACAAACAAAUAAUAAUUCAUUGAAAUCGGAUUUGUUUAUUUCGGAAUCUGACAGCGUUUCUUGCGGGAAUAACAGUAAAGACGUAGAAAAAAUUGAAGUGUCACCAAGUGACUCGUGUGACCAAGCGAAGGAACAAAUUUCAAUGUCCAACAGUUCGAUAGAUCCAAAUAGUGAGUGCAACACUGCUAAUUCGUCUCUAACACAAGUUCAAACGGAGACAAGUAAAGAAUCGAACAUGCAAGAAACUAUUUGUCUCGACAAGGAAGUGGAAGAGGACUGCUCAAAGUUGCAUGCAAGCUCGUCGGAGGUGAUAACCGAAAAUGAAAGUAUUAAUGACAUAAGUAUGAUCGAAGAAGAUUCAAUUAAAAUUAGUUCGCUAAUUAAAACUAGCGAAUCUAACGUGCAAUCAGCGGAAUGUGGAAUUGUUGAGCCUCCGCAACGCGCUCAGUCUACGGAUUCUGAAAAUGUUGUAAGUACAGAAAGUCAAGAAGAUCCUUUCAAAUCGGACGAUAUUACAUCGCGACUAUCGGAUGACAAAGAGUAUAGUAAUAAAGAAUCGAAAACCGAUGAUUCUAAAAACGAGAAUGACUGUCAGUUGGAUAAUAUAAACGUCUCCAAGGAAGAGCAAGAUAAAGUCGAGUUUGAAACAACGGCGCAUUCGUCUUUGUCACCUCUUACGCAAAAUUCACAAGCCGAGCUGGCUGACCUCAGGGAAUUCGAGGACAUUAACAAUUCCAAUGAGCCGUUAGAUUCUACGAAUGCGGCAGAGUCUGUGAAUUAUCAGGAAGCAAGCAGGCAGCUUGAGAAGACUGAUCUGGAUUCCGCCGGCGAGAGCUGCGACAAGCAAAGCGACAAGAAUGAUAAUUUCUCUGAAAUCGACGGUCAGGAGGAUCAUUCGACCGAUACGGACAAUGAGAAAAUGAAGGGCCUGGCCGGUUCCGAUGCCGAUUCGUUAUGCGUUAACUACGACAAAAACAGCGAAAGAACUGACGUCUUGUCGGACGUAGGAACGCAAGACGAUGGAUCGGGUGACUCCGAAGAGAUCAAAGAGAAAGAACUGAACGACGCGCAAGUCAACGACGCUGUGUUCGGUAUAAAUUCCGAAACCCAUCUUCCUGAAAGUUCUGUGGUAACUAGUUCGGUCGGGUCUUCUGUCCAAGAAAGUGAUAAGCACGAUGUAGUUCCUAUCAUAAGCAGUUCGGACGACGUCUCUGCACAGGAUUCUUCGUCUCAAGAGAGUGAGUCUGUGCAAAUAGAUGGUGAAAAGGUUGAAAAUUCGACAUUGUCCGAUACCAAUAAACUUUCUACAUUCAGCAUUUCGCCAGUAACGGUGCCUGAAACGAACAUUUUAAAAUUGUCAAAGUCCAAUGUCGUCGAAACUGCGAGAGAAACGAGCUUGUCUAGCUUAGUACAGUCUACGAGCGAGUAUACAACCGACAAUGCUUCUGAAAAUCCCAGUUCUUGUAUCGAUCAGGACUCUAAUGGGGAGAUGGUUAUAGACGAUCGCGUGUCUGAAUCAAAUGAAUUGUUCAAAGAAACUGAGGAAGUUGCAACGAAUUGCGACGAGCAAUCGAGAGAUACAGCACCAGAAGUUUCAACAGAAUUCGAGAAAGAGACGACUCCAGUCGUUACCGUAGAACAAGAAUCUUGUCAAUCCGUGACAAAGGAAAUUGAAGUCUCAGAGAAGGAAAAAUCUGAAAUUAAUGCAGAAGACAAAGUUGACAACGAUGUUAAAGAAUUUACUACUGCAAAAGAUGACGGUGAGGCUUGUAAUAUCGAUAAACGGGAUAUAGAAAUUGCGGAGGAUACUCGCGAAGUUAACAAAAGCGAGGAAAUUGCCAGAAACGUGGAAAAGUUAGAGAUAAAUACAACAGCUGCGAUUGCUGAACAAUCGGAGACAGAUGCCGUCAAUGUAAUUUCUCAGGAUUCACGAGCGAAGAUAACGAAUGAUACGAGACAGUCAUUAGUCGCGAAUUACGAUAGCGAUUCCAAUGAUAAUGUAGGUGGCGAUAAUGUUCUUGAAUCUGAUUCGGAGCAAAUGAACAAUUCUAAGGAAGACUGCAUUGCCAUUUCAAUAGAACAAGAAACGGGUGAAAAACUGCACGAAAAAUCAUUUGUCGAGGAGGAUGUUAAGGAAGAUGAUGUCAAUACAAGUGUAAUCGCUGAUAUUUCUCAAGAACUAGCGUCUGUUGGACAACAAUUAGAGGAACCUCCGGAAAUGAAAAUUGACGAAGUAUUAAAUCAAGAUGCAAGUUUAGUUGUACAGCAAGACGUAAAAAUUAACGAACAGGAAUGUACCGACGAAACGGAAGUUAAAGCUACUUGCAAUAAUAUUGAAUAUCGUUCGAAUGAUCAAUCAAUAAUGCCUUCGGGUAGAGAUGACUUUCAAAAAGAAACGGAUAUUCAUUCACAUAUUGCUGUUACUGACGAUUCUAAAAUAUCAGAAAUAUCAGAUACGUCAAAGUCACCUUCGGUAACUCCCGUCACGACUGAAGAUACAAUCGAAUCUCUUCAAAGCAAGAGUCUCGAGAUAACUCCGGUCAACCAUAGUGAGAAAAGUAAGGAGCAUCUCAAUAAUUUAAUUGAUAACAUGAAGACGGGAAUGCAGGAAACUCGAGACAUCGAGACGACGGAGAAAGCAGAUGUGACAUCUGAAAACGUUUGCAAUUUUAAUGAAAGCGACGCAAAUAAAAUUGCUAAGAUUUCGUUUACUCAAGAAAAUGCGGAAUUCAACACUAUCGACAAUCAAAUGACUAAUGUAUUCCACAUAGCAGAGCAACAUACGAGAAACAUGGACGAAAAAUUGAACGUUAGUUUGGAUACUGAGAAUAUUGCGAGAUCAAAAAAUGUAAACGAACUCAUUACCGAGGAGCUGCCUAUUCCGUGUAAAAGAUUCAAAGAAGAUCCCGCUGACUGUGAAAGUAAGGACAAUAAAUGGGAUGUUAAGCUGCAAGAAGAAUGUUUGACUAAGCCAUUCACGGAAGGAAUAAGUUUACCAUCGAUUCAAUCAGAAUCGGACGUUAUGCCAGUAAAAGUAGAUAAUGAUUUAGAUGCAAACAGAUCGCAUAUGUGGAAAACUGAAGAUGCAAGUUUAGAAGAGAGUAUGACCUCGGAUAACUUAUAUUAUCAUUCGAAUUCGAUAUCUACGAAGAUAGAAAAUGUUAAUAACUUGGAUAGUUGCAAUAAUCAAAAUGAGCCUUUUAUUAGUAUAAACUUAAAUGUAAAUAAGAUUACAGAAAACUACGAUAGAAAUGCGCCUUUGGAUGCGAAUAGCGAGUCGACUAUGUUUCCCGCUCAGGGGAUUAUUUCAGAAAUUGGUGCUAUUAAAUCCGAUCCCAAAAAGGAAGCUAGCAAGAGGCUGAUCGAUGCCUCGGAUAUAGAAGAUGUUCCUCCGGUAAAGUCUAAGCCUCCGUACUUAGAAACCGAUGAUGACAAAACGAUGGAAACUUUAACGAGUGCGGACGCGGAGGCACCCAAGAUUUUAGAUAUAUCGAACCAAGUUGAAAAAUUGCAACCGCCAAUCGAAGACGAAGCGAGGGCACCAACGAUUUCCACAACGCAAUUAUUUCAAAAUGAUUUUGGUAUGAUAAACGAUUCUGCGCCGAUUGUCGCGCCGAUAGAAGGUACCGAGAAGAUUGAUUUAGUAGAAGUUGCCGAGAGGAAAGAAUGUUUGGAAGUGCAGAAUAUCGAGAUGAAGAGCGUCCCUACGGCUUCCGACGAUUCGACAGGCGCGGACAAUGAAUGUGUCUUCAACGUAUCACCGGAAGAGGCUGAUCCCUUAGCGUGCACCGACGACGAUGCUUUGAGGAAUAUCACCGAGGAUACAUCUGACGCUUCCAAGAUAAGUAUUCGCGUAAAGCCGGCAACGGAUUUGGUUUACGAGGGAUGGAAAUUGGACAGCACUACGGAAAUGCCGAAAGUCUCGCGAAAGCGGCGAAAUAGCGCUCACGAGUCGAAUUCCGAGGACGGGGCGACGAAGCAAGAGGACGAAGAGAUGAUGGGUGGCAAAAGGAUGAAGUUACGGGCGAAACGCAUGCCCGACAAGGAAUUACGAAAGUCCAUCGAGGAAAGUCGCGGUGUGGCGGCGAGCUCCGAGGACGAGGCUGUGAAAUGUGGCUCCGAUAAUGCAGCGGAGCCUGUAAAUAAAGACGGCAGUGACGAUCCGAAUAUGAUACAAGCAAUGGCGAUUGAUAAAAAGAUCAGAGGUCGUCCCAGAGGUAGACGGAGACGUGGUUUUCGAGGUGGUGGACGUCCUAAUCGGCCGAAACUCACGGAAUUUCAUCAAGGCGAUCAAGCGUCGGAAAUUUCUCCCGGUGCUCAUCCGGACGGGUCACCUAACGAUACUUUAAAUACAACGCAGAAAAAACGGAAAAAGCGAAAAAUGGUCUUGGGCUUGGAAAUAGGUAGAGAUAUUUCGCUAGAGACAGAAGCACCCGUGACAGAACACGAUGAGACGCCCGUCAGGCAAUCGAGAAGAAUUGCGCAGUUGAAAAUAAAAGAACAAGCAGACAGGCGCAGAAUCGAGGAGGAAACCAUGAACCGUGAGUUGGGAGAGAAAAAGGAAUCGGAGAAGAAAAAGAGAAAGAAACAGAAGCCGGAAAGCGAAGAGGAGGUUGUUAUAAAGGAAAUCGAAAAGGAUAAAAAAUCCAAGAAGAAACGUCGGAAGAGAAAGAAAAAGAAGAUGCUCGCCAAAUUUAACGAGGCAAAUCCAUGGCAGAGUUCCUCUGGGUCUAGCAGCGACGAAGAGAAUGAGAAUGAGGAUGAGGAAGAGGAAGACGAAGAUAUGGAGAGUGAAGGAUCCUUGUUGUUUAAGAGUGAUCACGAAUUCUCUCCGGAAAGCGAUCUUGAGAAGGAUCAAGAGUCUGAACCAUUAAGACGUGCAAGAACUGCACAAAAGGCUCAAAGUGAUGUUGAAGAAGCCGAGGAUGAAUAUGCUUGUCAGAAAUGUGGGAAAGCUGAUCAUCCCGAAUGGAUUCUUUUGUGCGACUCUUGCGAUAAAGGUUGGCACUGCUCUUGUCUCAGACCAGCUCUUAUGCUUAUACCUGAAGGCGACUGGUUUUGUCCACCGUGUCAACAUAAUUUAUUGGUAACCAAACUACGGGAGACCCUGAAAACGUGGGAUCAAUUAACAAAAAGACACGAGAAUGAAGUAUUGCGGAAGAAACGAUUGGCUUUUGUUGGCAUAAGUUUGGAUAAUGUACUUCAUAAAGGUGAAGCGCAACGUGGGACAAAAGGAUCGAAAGCGUCCAGUCAAGAAUCAGAUAAUGAAUCUUCAGAUUCUUCUUCGUCAGCCUCUAGUUCUGAAACUUCGAGUAGCGAGGAAAGCGAACCAGUUUAUCAAUUACGUGAACGUCGAUGCGCCAGCACUUACAAGUUUAAUGAAUACGAUGACAUGAUUAAUGCCGCGAUUCAGGAUGAAGUUGAAGCUGUUCAAGGUGCUGGCAAUCAAGGAAGAGGAAAGGAUAUUGCAACGAUAGUGAAUGCAGAGAAAGAAGAGGCACAGGCUGAAGCAUUAAAGAUGACUCAGCUAGAAGAAGACAAAGACGAUAUGGAAUCAAAACCGGAAAAAGAAAGUGAUGAAGAAUAUAAGAUCGAGAAUGAAGAUAUGAUUGAUGAAGUAGAAGAGGAACAAAAUACUGUUGCUAGAAAAUUGUUAGCACGUAAGAAACAUCGGAAGUUGAACAGUCUUGAUAUAAGCAGCGAAGACGAUCCAGAUAGUGAUGAAGAUUUCAAAGGUACAAGCUCUGAAGAAGAGGAGGACUUUGAUGAUCACAUUACAUCGUCCGAUGAUAGCAGUUUUGCCGAUGUAAAACGACGUGGCAGAAAGGGCGACUCGCGUCCUGUUAGAAGAUCUACCCGGGCGCGUAUGACGAGAGCUUAUGAUGACGAUUUUAUUAAUGAUGACAGCGAAGAGAGUGAUCGACCAAAAAGAAAGAAAUCACGAUCUAUAUGGGGAGAUUCAGAUAGCGAAGACAGUGAUAAUUCCUGGAGGCAGAGAAAGAAAAAAAGCAGGACGAUACCAACAUCCAGAGUCAGAACAAUACCCAAAACCAAGGGUAAGAAGAAAAAAAAGAGAAAACGUAUAAUAGAAUCUGAUAAUCAGAGUGAGAAUGACGAAGAAGAUGAACCAAAAAUGGAAGAACAAUGCGAAUCUAAUUUGCAAGAUUUUAAUACCACUAUAAAUGAAAUGUUGAAUGUUAAUAAACAGGAGAAUUUUGAAACUAAUGUUACUCCGGACGAAAAUAAUGUUGAAAUGAAAGAUGAAAGAUUACAAGAAGUAGCAACACCUUCAGAAAUUCCGAUUCCACAGAUUCAACAUCCAACAGAAAUGGUACCAAUUCAAAAAAUUAAAAAGGACAUUGUACCUAAACCGAAAAAGACUCCAGCUAUUAGACGAAAGAUUAUUUAUGGCGGACUGCCAGAUGAAAACAGACAAGAAGAAGAAGAAAUAUUAGGUAGACGAACUCGAGGACGAAAGAUCAAUUAUCGAGAAGAAAUGGCAUCGGAUAGCGAAGAAGAGCUGAAAAAAGCAUUAAUGAUGAGAAAAGCUGGCGAAAGUGAAGAUGAAUUUGUAGUGAAUGAAGCUGACGAUAUGAAUGAUGAUGGAGAGAAGGAUUCUGAUUCCGGAGAUGUUUAUAUCCCUAAGAAGGAUGCUUUGAAGUUUAAGAACAAGUCUCCGAAGACGAAGAAACCACGUAAUAGUAAGAGUCCUGCCGCGAAACGUAAAUCGUUAUCCGAUGACUUGCCGAAGCAAAGGAAGAAACCUGGCCCGAAACCGGGAAGUAAAAACAGAGGACGCAAGAAGCUAAAAGAUGAUAUGGACGGAGACAUGAUUCAUGCAGUCAUGGACAAUCCUAUUGGUGAUAUAACAUCUAAAAUGGAUGAGAAUCUUGCAGAUAAUGUUGGAUUGACUGCUACAACAAUGUCAGUAGCAAGUUCGUUUACCGGGGAUGUUCCUGAAGGAUCGCUAACGGGUCUUGGUGCUGGAGAACUAGCUGACCUGGAUGACGAACAACUCGAGCAGAUGAUGAUGGACGAAGAAUACGGGCGGCGACAGCUAGAACUUGCAGCAAUUGAGAUAGAAAAGAAGAAGAAAAAGGAAGAACGAGAAGCCAAGAAGUUAGAGAAGGCGCGGUUAAAGGCUUUGGAGAUAUUGGCGGCGGAAAGGCAGAGGGAUCCUAACGCGCCUGAGGGAACGGAUGGUGAGGUGCCCAAAAAGAAGAAGCGCGGACGUCGUAGCAAGGCCGAGAUACUUGCCGAGCAAAUGCGCAGGGAUGGCGCACCAAAUCUGGGCAUUACGCCGGGAGCAGGCAUUGGCACGGAUGGUAUGUCGCACAAUGUGAAUCCCGGCACCUUAUCUACAGGUCUAACACCGGAAAUGGAUAGGAGCGUCGAAGGAGGACACAUGCCUCUUAUGACGGGGCCAGAUGGACAUCUUUUUAAUCCGGAUGGUACGCCGAUGAAGCCGAAGCGACGAGGUCGCGGCAAGGGUAAAAAGACUCUCGCGUUGGAAGCGGCUAGAGCUGCGGAAGCUGCAGCUAAGGCGGCGGCCGAAGCCGGCUUGAUCGGUAUGGGCACUGACUCAAACUCGGAGAUGAAACAAAGCGAUAUACCAAAUGUUCUUCCUACGCCAGGUAGCAGUACAUCUGGCUCGGCACCUUCCACGCCGCCAGCGAGUGCCGUACCGACGCCGGGUCCUCCAUCGACGCAACCAUCGAACUCACAAUCGGUUUAUCCAUCGCUACCACCCGGUCAACAGUCUUCCGUCAUCACAAGAAUGCUUCAAUCCCAACCAGUAUCUAGUAGUCCGCAAUCUUUUACCGCGGCGGCAGCUGCGAUGGGUCACAAGUAUUUCGGUGGACCCAACGCCGGCGGACAAAUGAUGGGUGGUCCGCGGACGGGAUACGAGAUGCAGCCACGCGCCAGGAUCCCGUCUCCUUAUAGGCAAGCAGGUCAAUCGUCUAUGCCGCCGCAUUUCGCUGCAGUCAGAUCGGGCACACCACCGAUGCGUAUGCGAGUACCCGGACCGCAAAUGUAUCAUACGCCUCACCAUCCAAUGGACCCGUCCCCAUCGGGUGGCGGACCGAUCUCCAUUAGCAAUAGGGAUCGCAGUUCGCCUCUGACGCCCGGCGGACCGGCGAUGAUUCCACCAUCAGCUGGUAGUCCACUGGCCAAAGGCGGCCCAACGCCGCCACCGCCACCUCCGCCAUACGUGCGAGGCGGUCCACCGAUGGCUAGGUUUGCCGAAAAUCCUAUGGGACCCAGGCAUCAGAUGCCACCGUUUACCAAUGCCUCGCCUGUUAACCAUAAUAUGCAGCAACCUUCACCGCCCCCCAAUCGACCACCCGGUAAUUUCUCACCGUAUCAUCCACCUCCACCUCCUAAUUACCACUACGGUGCCUAUCCGCCGCCUCCGCCAAUGUCUACAGCGGAUGAUGCGGCUGCCUACCAGAGUUCGCCGUAUCCUUCGGAGCAUUUCUCUUCACCAGCAGACAACCAGCCGCCGAUUCAGGGACCGCCUCAAGGACCGCCGCCGCAGCAAUCACAUCCGAAUGACGAAGAUCACGGAACCGGCGAAUUUGGUGGUCUGGUAUCUUACUUCAGUAGCCAGAGAGAGGAUGAUCUCGAUUCGUAGCAUGAGUGAGAGCUUGGCCAACCCUGAAUCAUUAAAUAGAGAGAGCGUACCCAGGUAAGACCGCAACUUUUGCUGCAGAGGGAAAAGCGGUAACGCAGAUAAAGCAUAGUAAAACACGAACGAUGCUUUGAAUAAUCUAACUUUUUCAGAAUAUUAGUGCGUGUGUGUCCGAAAUAAAGCUGUAGAGUCUUCCUCUUCGACCUCUAAAGCAAACAGUUGUUUUGUAGUCUUUGCACUUCUUACGCCGCCAGAGGCAAAUCUAAGGUUGGCCAAGUGUAGAGAGAGAGAGAGAGAGAGAGAGAGAGA